AUGAGCAAGCGGCGGAUAGUGACCUCCGGCCGGUGUUCAAGGCCCACGUUGAGUGGUCUGAGCAUGCGUUCAACGAAUCAACGGCGGAUGCACUUCCAAUUGCGCGUAUCCACAACCACCGUUCACGAACUCCUCUUCGCCGACGACUGCGCCCUGAACACCACCUCGGAAGAGGAGAUGCAACGGAGCAUGGACCUGUUCUCCGCCGCCUGCGAGAACUUCGGUCUGGUCAUUAACACGCAGAGGACGGUGGUGAUGCACCAACCGCCACCCCACUCAGUCACAGCUUCCAACGCACCGCCGCAAAUCAGCGUCAACGGAACCCGACUGCAAGUGGUGGAGAACUUCCCGUAUCUGGGCAGUACUCUCUCCCGCAACACCAAGAUCGAUGACGAAGUCGCCAACAGGAUCUCGAAAGUCAGUCAAGCCUUCGGUCGCCUCCAAAGCACAGUUUGGAAUCGCCACGGUCUUCAGCUGAGCACGAAUCUGAAGAUGUACAAGGCCGUCAUCCUGCCGACACUACUGUAUGGAGAGGAGACUUGGACGGUGUACGCAAAGCAAGCACGCCGUCUGAACCACUUCCACCUCAGUUGUCUUCGUCGCAUCCUGAGGCUAAAAUGGCAGGAUCGAAUCCCCGACACUGAUGUGCUGGAACGAACGGGAAUCCUCAGCAUCUACGCCAUACUGAGGCAAAUGUGGCUGCGCUGGAGCGACCACCUGGUGCGCAUGGACGACGAACGGCUACCCAAACGACUCUUCUACGGAGACGUCGCGAAGGGUUCUCGCCGUCAAGGAGGCCAUAUUCGCCGUUACAAGGAUACCCUGAAGUCCUCCCUGAAACGCCUGCAAAUCAACCCCACCAACUGGGACGAGCUCGCACUCGAUCGACCGACCUGGAGGAGGACAGUGAAGACAGGCGCUGCGAUCUACGAAGCCAACCGCAUCGCUGCCGCCAAAGCGAAACGUGAAGCCCGCAAAUCACAACUUCGCCCAGUACGCAACGCCGCCGCACAACCGCUUCCAACGUGUCCUCGAUGUCAACGGACAUUCCGGGCUCGAAUCGGACUUGUUGGACAUAUCCGGAUUAACUGCGCCUCUCGAACGGCACCAACCAUCGUCCCCCCGCCCGCCUCUUCAUCCUCCUCUCCGCCGCCAACUACCUCUGACAAUUCUUCUGACCCACCACUUCCAUCAUCCUCCUCCUCCUCCUUCUCCUCAUCCUCCUCCUCCUCCUCCUCCUCCUCCUCGCCCACUGCUCCAACGGCGGCCGCUCAGGCGACUGUCCCGCGCACAACAACCAACACUACCACCACCUCCCCCGACUCCAGCGAUGUGGAUCAGGACUACACCUGCCCUCACUGCGACCGUACCUUCACCUCACACAUCGGCCUGGUCGGUCACUUGCGAAUCCAUCGCACAGAGGCUGGCGAACCAGUGCCUGGAGCACCCACCUAUACCCACCAAGCUCGUCUCAACUGCCCACAUUGCCCUCGCACUUUCAGGCAUCGCAUGGGCCUAUUCGGCCACAUGCGCAUCCACGACGACCUGCGGUAG